AUGUCUAUAUUUAUAGAUAAUGGGGAAAGCCAUAUUAAGGAACGAAAAACGCCUUGUUCGUUUAAUAAAACCGUAUAUGAGAAGGGUAAAAAUUCCUUUUACUGUCAGGAUCCCAUCAAUGUCUAUCAUUGUAUCCAAAACGAAAGGAAUAUAUCAGGAGAGAUAUGUAUACAGUCUGUCUGGGUUCAACCAAAUUACUGUCCUGAAUACAACACAGGGGCCAACACUUUGGACACAGUUCCAUGCAAUGUGUCCACCGGAUCCUGUCCAGACUUUUUGUUUCUGUCCAAUGAAGUCUAUAAGUAUCCAGCAUGUUUGAAUAAAACGUUUACAGGUAAUGAAAAAGUUUCUAGUGAAUCUAGUGAAAAUAUCCUUCCACUGCCAUGGAUCCUUGUCGGAGUAGGAGUAUUAAUUCUCGGUCUCCUCAUCGUGGGCUGUGCUGUGCAUCGAAUUCGGAGAAAAAUAAAAAAAAAGCCUCAGAACACAGAUGAAGAAAGUUUUCCGCUGCUUCCACCAAAUGAUUCAGACGAGCCUUUCUACAAAUCAGCAGCAUUUCACAAAGGAGUGAAUUUCAUAGAAAAUGGUGGACAACUACUUUGCUUGAUAGGACAGUGGGGAUCUGGAAAAACGUCCACAGCUGCACAAGUGUAUGAGUGUGUCACCAAUACACCUCCAAUAAUCAUUCGAAAUCCUUUAGAAUUUUCUGUUGGUAAUCAACCCGUUAUCUUUGAUGACGCGAUCGUUAAGGAUAUAACGGACAUUGAAAAGGAUCAGCUGAAAGAUAAAAUAAAGAAAUCAUAUGAAAACAUGUCAAACUCUGGGAACGCAGCAUUUAUAAUCGUAACACUAGAUGAGGAUAUGGAACAUGUCCAUGAUUUCGUCAAAUCUAUUGUUCCAAAUACGGAUGAUAUCAAGUUUAUAAAUCUUUUAAAGAGUUUAACAACAGGAGAUCGGACUCAAAUCUUGCACUCACAAUUUGAGAAAUUUGGUGAAAAAGGUAAUUUUAGUAAAGUUGAAAAGCUAGCAUUGAAAGGCAAUGACUUUUCAUUGGGAUACCCAGAAAUAUGUGCCUUGUUUUCUAGAUGCAAAGCUUUCCAAAUGGUUGGUCCAACGCAAUUUUGUAAUCUUCCUCUAAAAUAUUUAAAAACGUAUUUAGAACACAUGCAUGCUUCCGCAGAUUGUAAAAGAAGCAAUAAGUUCUUGAUGUUGGUGUAUAUGAGUCUUAAUCAAAUGGAGAUAAAUAUUGACAAUCCAAAUGAAGGACUUUUUGAAAUACUGAGGUCAUGCAGCUGUGGUACCAAUAAGAAUUCCAACAAUAGUAAAACAACAAAGAGAGAGUCCUCCGAAACCAAAAUAAAAGAAAGUGACAGUGAUAAAAAUCUGUGCUGUGGAACUAAGCCUAAGAAGAAAGAAAAGGAUAAUAUUACAGCCCUACUGUUGAACGAGUUUGUGGUGAAGAAAGAUACGUCAACAUACAGAUUACAACAUGACGUUAUAAAGAGAAUGGCUCUUAUCGUGUUUGGAACACAUCACUUUGAUAAACUGCUUGAACUUUCCAAACAAGAAGAUUUAAAGGGGUGGAUCGAAAAGGGGGAAAUUGUAAGCAAUCCAUUAAAGGACCAUAAACCUGUUUUAGUGGUAAAAAAGAAGCAAUGGAUAAAUUUCCAAGCAAAACUUAAAGAACCGUCUAAUUGA